CAACACUUCUCAUCCCAUUGCCUCUCACAUACAUUCUCUUCUUUCUCUCUAUAACACACAUAACCCAUUUAAUUUGUCCAACAUUCUAGAACCAAAAAAAAAAAACCACCUCUAUUUUCUUCAUCCGUACAAAAACAGAGUAAACAGAGCACACUACUCUGUUUCUUGCUUUAAGCUUUGAACAACGAAUAUCUCUUCUAUUAUAUUCUAUUCUUCUUCUCUAGCUUAGCUUCCACAUACAGCCAUGGCUGCAAUUGUGUGCCGAGGAUUGCAGUCACACCUUGAGUCCCAGAUUGUGGAGUCAAGAACACUCAGGUUGAGGUUACCUUCCUCAACAAAACCUCUCCCUCCUCCUCUUCCUUCUCAACCCAUUGAUUUCUCCUUCAAAUCCUGCUUCUGGGAUUCAAACAUCAAAACUCAAUACCAGAAUCAUCAUCAAGAAGAAGAAGAAGAAAACAAGAAGAUUGGUUGGAGCUUCCUGGAAGCGAUAUCGCAGGGAACGAACAAGAGAGCAACAGAGAAAGAUGAAGAAGAAGAAGCAAUCUAUGUUCAUCCUCAACAGAAGCGUUGUUCUAUGGUUCUCAGCCCAAAGAGCUUGGAGCUGUGCACUGAGAACUUAGGGAACGAAAGCGGCACUGACAUUGGAGAAAACGGCAUUGAUGACGUCAUCUCUUCCGGUUCCGGUGGCGGGAAUUUGGAGACAGGGGAGCAAGAACAGCGACAGUACGAGGCAAGUGGUCAAUGUUGUACGGCUAGGAAGAAUAAGAAAGCGAAAACCGGGAAUUUUCCACCACCUUUGACAACGAUGAGAGGAUCGGAAUCUCUGGUUGUGAGGCCCCACCGUGAGGAUGGGCGGUUGGUGAUUGAAGUCACAAAGGUCCCACCAACUCCCUCGUGCUUUCAAGCUCACAGGAGCCAUGGCCGCCUUCGCCUUUCCCUUUUGAAAAUUCACAAUCCCAGCUUUGACCCGCAACACAAACAUGAAAAUGAAGAAGAAGAAGAAGAAACAGAGGAGGAUGAAGAAGAAGACGAUGAAGAAGAAGAAGAAGAAGAAGAAGAGUACUUUGCAUGUGAGGAGAAGAGGAUUGAGAUGGCGAGAACAUGCAAAGAAGGGUGUGAAGAUGAAAACCAUAAUAACAAUGAAUCAUUGUUGAUGCUAACUAAUUGGUCUGAGCCAUUUUGGGUGGCUACUUCCUGAAAAACCUAAUUAAUAUCUCUGCAUGUAUCAAUAAAUUUUCUUCCUUUUUUUUUUAAUGGAUUAUUAUCCGUCCCUCAUGGCUUUUUUUCCCAC